UUCAAUUUAAGAUAUAUUUGCUUUGUCUAUAAAUAUAUUUUAAAAUCUUCGUUUCAUUUCACUAUUUGAGAGAAUCUAAACUCCUUCAAUAAGAUCUAAGAUUAUACUAAGUAAGAGGAACCAUUAAGCCAUGAAGAACAAUAAGUCGGAUAACAACUACUCGAAUGAUUACUUGUUCUAUGAGAUUCUGGUAAGAAUCUUCACAGCUCUUCAUGUUGCAGACCUUGCUAAAGCCUCCAUGGUUUGCAAAGCUUGGAACGUGGCCAGUCGUGCCCCUGUGCUUUGGAAAACACUUGAUCUAAAUGAACUAGGCAUGGAUGUCCCGUUGAGACUAUAUGCUUGGUUUGGUGAACAUUCAAGCAAGAAAAUGACUCAAAUAUUGAAGUAUGCAUCAAGUUUGGGUGGUGAAAACAUAAGUUGCUUAAUAUUUAAUUAUUAUGUCUACUUGACAGAUGAGCACUUAAUCUCGAUUGCAGAAAGGACUCCGAAUCUGAAAAGGGUAGUGCUUCCAAUAACAGGCAACAUCUCAAAAAUUGGAAUUGAAAUCGCAAUGAGGUCAUGGGGAGGCAUUGAGUCCAUAACGGUUACCGAAAUGUUCAAUAAUGCUAACUUUUUAAACGCAGUUGGAAAAUACUGCAAGAACAUCGUUAGCCUAAAGUUUACAUGCUUAUUUGAACAAUAUCAUGCUGAAGCUAUAGUUAACUACACUCCGAAUCUAAGGACAUUAAGUAUUCGCCACUUUUUGGUAAGCAUGAGAGGUUUGUGUCAUGUGUUGAAUAGCUUGGAACAUUUGGAAGUUGUGAACUUAUGCCAUUGUCUCAUUACUGAUUUAUUAGAGGGUAGUUUUCAAGAUUACUCUAUUGAGGAUCUACGAGAACGUGUAGAUUUCUCGUGUGAGCUUAUAAUUUGCAAAGAAAACUCGUGUCUAAGGUGCACAAAUAGGUUGAGGAAUGACCGAGGAAGACCAUCCUAUGAAAACAUGGAAGAUAUUUGGCGUGAAGAUGAGAUAGAGUCUCUUGCUCAUUAGGAACCUUCAUGGUUUUUAAAAAUAAAUAAUAUGAGCUCUUAGAACAUUUUUAAAUAUUUUGUUCAUUUCAAAUUAAAUCCAUGUAUGAGACAUUGUAUGAUUUGCUUUUGCUUGGUCAUUAAGGUUAUCUAGAAAUAAAAUAGUAUUUUAAGAUAUUGUAGAAAAUUAUAA